AUUCGAUCUGGGUUUAUUUUUAUCUCGUAAAUAUCUCAAACUCGUUGCAUUUCCGAAACUAAAAAGCGUCAAAGUAUUGCUAUUAAAGAGAACAAAUCCUAUUACCAUAACCAUCCAUUCAUUCCUGCGACUCGUCUCACCCUGCCCGUCCGUUUGUUGAGAAAAGUGAGACAAUUUCCCAUAAAUAUAAUAAAGAAAAGGACAACUGUUAAAUGACAAAAGUGUUAUUACCGUCGUUCUCAUCUCGCACCGGUUUAUUUGCCUGGCUGCUGCACAGUCCAUCUCAUUAGGGGACAUUAACAUUACGAGAACUUGUCCUGACUCACCCGACCAACAACCAGAGCAAUUUGUACCCAUUGGACUGGGGUUGGUUGGUCUUUGAGGUAAAUUAUAGAGAAGAAGAGUGGACCUCUCUCGAAGUCGUCUACCUAAAACAAUCAUUCAAAGAGAGAUACGUGAUGUGAUGGUGGUGUGUCAACUAUAAGUCCGAGAAGAAAAUUGGUCCGUGUUUUUGUGUGGUUUAUUUGUCGGUGAGACUGAAUCAUCAUCAUCAGCAGCAUCAUUAUUAUUUCUAUUCAUCUUUGUGGUCCCACUACAUAUUUACCUGCCUGCGACAAAAUUAUGUACCAGUUGGUUUGUCUCCUCAACAUGCUCAACUUGUCUCACUUUUAUCUUGGUUGAUACAAGAGGGGAAAAAUCUUGUGAACAUUUAAGAAAACAAGAAGUUUGUUGUCUACCUGGCGAACUGAACUAUCUUGAGAGAAAUCAGUGAAUUCAUAAUUUUCUCUUGUGAAAAUAAACGAGGAAGAAUUGUGAACUAAAGAACGGAAGCGGAAGCGUGUGUACCGAGCCAAGAGUUGUCCUUUCCUCGCUUUGUUUGUCUACUACGUCCUGUGGAAGGAAAGGGAGAGAAAGGAGGCAGAAAAUAGGAGAGUGUUCCCCAAUUUAAAUUCUUUUAUUUCCCAACUUUUAUCUGAUGCGGAGUUAUUCGUCGAGCGAGAGACUAAGAAAAUGUUGCGAGAUAUAGAUCAAGAUUUGUAAGGAGUAAUAUUGAACAAGAAAGCAAGCAUGUAGUAGUGUGAACUGUGAAUCUUAUUCAUAACGCAAAGUUAACCAUAAGAAGAUUUACAAACUAAAAGUUUUGUUGUAAACGUUUUACAUAGUUUAUAAGACUUGUAGAAAAUAGAAUGAUUAAUUGAAAUCGAGAGAAAGUUACCUUGAAUUAGGAGAAAGUGGGGAAAAUGAAAUCCAUUACAACCACAAACACCGUCACCACUUCUACGACACUGCUCGUCCUCUUAUUGUCGUCGCUAGGUGCACACCUGGGUCACGCUUUUCCUUCUUCUUCAUCACAAUCUCAAGUAGUGGGGGAAAGUACUUCAUUCUUGCCGAAUGUACCAAUUACCUCGGCAGAAAAACCUGGUCUCAUCUCCUCCUAUAAUCCAACCUCCUCGAGAGGGAUUGAAGAAAUCCCAUCCCAAUCAAAAUCAGAGGCAACAUCAAACAAGUGGUGGAAAUGGUUGUCCCCACCACGUACAUCUGCACCACCACCACAACAGGACAGCAACUUGACUUAUUAUUAUUCCUAUCAAGAGAACAAGAACUAUUCUCAGGUUGGGGUGCAGCAACUUUCUCCAACUCAGCCAAAUGGGAAGCGACAGAUUGGAAACUCAUCUGGAAAUCCUAUUUCUUUGGAUUUGCAUGAUAAAGUAAAUGUGGAAUGGGAGGAGGAGGAGGUGAAGGUGGGAGGACGACGAAGACGAGACGGGGUGAGAGUGACAGAUGUGAAUCCAAAAUUCGGAUUCCAAGCAGGAUCCGAGGCAUCAAUACAUCUUCAGACGGAGGAGGAUGAUGCCAUUGCCAAGCCCGAUACAGUUGCCCUUCUUCUUCUUCCUCAGAAAAAGAAAAAUGUAAAUGUGGACCCCUUCAUUUUCAUGGCCAAUAACAAUGUUACGAAACGGUACAGUUCUGUUUCGAUAAAGAAUAAGGCUUUCCCCGCAAAGGGAGAAGAAGAUGGAGAAAGUAGUACAACACAAUUUUCUUCAAAAGAUAACAGUAAGAAUGAGACGGAGACUAAUCGCACCUACAUUCAUCCUUGGGAUGGACCUGGACAGAAUUCCAAAACAGGCAGCAUCAGUUCAAAAGGAGAAAUACAAAGUGACGACGUGGUAAAUAUCGGUGCAGAAGAUACCGCUGUUGAGGACGACAGUAAAAAACAAAGACUUGUUUCAAAAUAUCCACAACGAAAUGGUGAUCUUUACUUUACGCCGAUGAAGACGGGGAGUGAGACGAAAACUCCGCCGCCGCCGCCGUCAUGUCUCCCCAUCGUUGUCAAUCAGACCUUCACGGUUCGAAAGUACGGGGGAAUAAGGACGCCAACUUUGGACCCCGACAUGGACAAAUGGACUUCAGUCAAAAUGAGUCAAUGUGUCGCAACUUGCAUCGGCAGGCUGUCAUUCGGCCAGAAAUAUAAUAUGUCACCGAGGAAGAAAGGGAUAAAUGAGGGAGGAGGUUUUCCUGUGAGAAUUGCAGCCCCCCUCCCAAGUCCAAAUUAUAAUGGAGACAUCACCAGCUCCCAGAACCAUUUCGAUGAUGAACUGUUGUUGUCAAGUUGCCAGAAAAGUUGCAACUUUCUACCCCAAAAAUCAUCCAAUAGUCCCAUUUCCAUCGCUCGGAAUUGGAAGGAAGCGGAAGAAGAAACCAAUAAAGUGAAUGAUCCAGCCGAAGAUGUCUCCUCAAAACGUGUUGUUGGUCGUGGUGAUGGCUCUAAUCACGAAGUUGGAGUGAAAGCAAGAGGAAAAAAUGACAAAAACUCAUCAGUACGAGUCGAUGCCAAAAGGAAAAUUAUCGCCACCACCACCACCACCCAAUUUCAUCUCCACUGGCCCAAAGUUAUUUCUCUGGCUUCUUCCUCCAUCAUCAAAAACAAAAGCCCUGUCAUCCUGUACAAUGUUAUGGUUUUGGAGCAAGGAAAUGAUGAGACGACUCAGCAGCAACAACAACGCUUAUUGCCUCCUCGCUGGAAAUUGAUUGACCAAACGGUGGAAACGCAAACUCAAAUCUCAUUACUGACCUGGCAUGGACCUUGUUCUCGACUAAAACCCAAGAGCCAUCAUCAUUCUGGUUCUCCACAGGAAACAAUAAUAUUGGAUGAACUACAUGAUCACCUCGUUCAACAGCAUGAGCCAAUUCUUCUCAAAGUGGUGGCAGUAGGGUCUCAAGGUGUAGAGAAAGUUUUCUCGGGUCUUAUAAUUCUGACGUCGGCGGCGGCUACUCCUUCUUCUCCGUCUCAGAGUGAAGAUGAAGAUAAAUCUAAAUCGACACUGGAAUCAACAUGCUGUCAGAGUUCGAUAAAUGGAGCAGAGAUGCAGCAGCAUUUCGAUAAAAAAGUAAAGGGGAUCAGUAACCCCCAGAGAAAUUCUGACGCCACUCGUGCUAUAAUUCUGAUGAGUCAAGAAAAUAAAAAUUUAAAUAACAUAUCCUCCUCCCCGGAUGAAAGUGGUCGUAGCUUAUUUGUAGCAGGAGGAAGCAACAACUCCCCAUCCAAGCAACGGCAACCACCAAAUUUAUCUGCCAGUGAGACUCUGGUAGUUCUGAAUGGGGAUAAAAAUUCAGAGAAGGAUAUCAUCGCAUCCAACAAAAUUAACUUCAAAGAAAGCAGCAGCACCAGAACUUGGUUGGGUUCAAGUAACAAGACUCGCACUCGUGCUGGUGGGAGGGGAGAAGAAGAAGUGAGUUAUAAAGUUGAAAGCGAUCCAAACACCGGAGGCCAAAUUGAUACAGACAACAACUCAAAUGAAGUAAAGGAUAAGGAAGGAGAUGCAAAUAGGAAAAGCACAACAGAGCCAUCAUUUCAACGGCACGAUUCUCUUCGUGGUGGAUCCAAUCCUGUGCUUUCUUCCAAAACCACUUUCACCACAAAGUCUCAACAACAAUUCAUGGAACGGAACGGUGGCAGCAGCUCAAAAAAACUGGUUCAGCCACCUACUUCCAAAAAUGAUGUUGAUGACGAGAAGAAUGACGCCAACAAGGACGACUGGGGGCUUCGAGCUGUUUCAAUGGUGUACCAAAACUUUCUCGUGGUUACCGAAGUGCGCUGGAAUGUCCCGGGUGGUUCGGUGUCAAAUCAAGAAGAGGAUAAGAAAAAUGCCUCCAGUGAUAAGAAUAACAACAGUGCUGCAACGGUUAAAAGUAGCAAUUUAGUUACUGAGCCGGAAUCAGGAGGAGAAAGUAAGCAAGAAGGGACAAGAUAUCAGUUUCUCCUCACAUGGGAAAUUUUAGGUGGAGGUUUGAAAGGGAAUUUAGUAACGGAUAUUGCCGGGGGGACUAUUAAUCUGUGGCCGGAUACGGCCUAUUUCGUGCAGGUCGGACUUCUAGAUCCAGAUACCCCGUCGUCCUCCUCGUCCGAAGGGAAACUUCCAUCAUCAACCUCAUCCUCGGAACAAGAACAACAUCAAAAUUACAUGAGUAAUCUCUUGGGGAUGGAAUCAAUAAUAUUUCCAUUAGCCGACCCUGGAACUGGACAACCCAAACUGACUUCAACUAGUCAACCACUCCUCGUCAACACGUCCUCCGUCGCCACGAGCCAGAAACUUUCAAUCCCGGCACAAUCAUCAUCUCCAUCUCCAUCACUGUCCCAACGGAGUCGGAAUCUACUCCUCUUGCCCAAACGAAAUGACGACAAGACCAGACACAAAUCUAAUAAUCUCCCACCGAACGGGGAGGAAAAGUCCAGGCGAGGAAAGUACCUUCCUCCUCGUACUUACCGUUACAACAACGAACCAUCAUCUAAGGUGAAAGUGGAGGUGGUGGUGGAUAAAAAAAAAGCCGACUCAGUCCUGAAUAGGAACGUGAGACCAAUAACAAUUCCUGGUGGAGGAACUGUCAGCACAAAUGGAAAUGACCAUUCUCAUCUUACCAAGAAUAAGAAUGUUCGUCCGUCGUCGUCGUCGUCAUCAUCAUCAUCAUUGGAUGAGGUGGGGGAUCACCAUUCAGCUCCUGUCCAGCAGCCACUACUGGACCAUGGCCUUCUUCACAGUAAAAAGUAUUACCAAAAGAAUUACAGUGGUGGUGGCCGUGGCCCUAGUGAUAAUGGUCCACCCUCCUCCUUCUCCUCACACCACGGCAUGAUGGGAGACAGCCCUGGGGGGAAAUCUCUUCUCGUUCGAGGAAAUAAUGACAAACUGCUGGAAGGGGACGACGAUGAGAAAUUAUUUCAUGGUCACCCGCACCACCAACCUCAGUACAGAAAUCACUAUCUCGUCGGUACAGCAGGCAACGCAAAAACUACCACGACAAAUUCCACCACCACAAACGAUAAGACUGCCAAUAUCAAUGAUAAUAAAAGUAAUAACUUGGAAAAGGAAAGGAACAUCAAAAAGAAAGCGAAUGGUGGCGGUGGUACUGAACACCAUCGCAACAAUCCUGCUGCUGCUGACACCCAUCUGGGCUCGGCCUACAGACCGGAAGGGUAUCAAGGCCUCUUCGCCCUCAACUUGGGCCUGGGUGGCUACAACUAUAAUUACGACCACAACGAGGACGGUGAAACUACGGAGAAUGAAAGUAAUAAAUUCGGUAACGGGACAAACAGUAGGUCAGGAGAUACCGGUGCGAGUGUAAUUUACAGUAUUUUCGUCCUCGUGGUCGUGGCCUGCGUAAUAUUUUUAUUUCUCGUCGCCUUCAUCGGCUUCUUCGUCGUGACUUCGUCAAUUACGCAUACAGCGCAUUACUUUAUUCCGAAACGCUUAAGGAUUUGGGUCGUUGGGGGGAACAGUGAGAGUGAAUUGUUGGCUGGGAAUGAGCAGGAUGCAGAGAAUGAAGAGAAUGAGGCGGGGUUCGUUGAUGGGAGAUUUGUAGAAGAUUUAGAUGAUGAUGUGCCCGAAUGGGGGGAUGAUGUCGGAGGAGGAGGAAGGGAAGGUCACCACCACCACCACACACAACAAGACGUCCUCAUGACGCAUCGGGACAUUGGAAGGACGUAGUAGUGUACCUGAGCUCAAUUUGUUGAGAGGAAAAAAAACGUAAAAUUCUAGACUUUUUUUUAUCAAGAAGAUGCCUCACUUAUUAACCACCUCAACGUGAAGAUCUAAAUUCCCCGAAUAUCCAUCCGUUCCGGGGAUAAAACAGUCACCUACAUGUUACGAAAUGUUGAAGUCACUUCUACAUUUAUUCAGAUAUCAGCGAAUCAGGAAAUUUGAUGUUCCAUCAGAAAAUCUAUUGGAAGGAUGCUGACGAUGCUUCAGUAUUAUAAAUCCAACUGGCCUCGGAUAGACUAUAGAAAGAGGCACAAUCAACCCUGACCUUUGCGGCCAUUUGUGGGCUAAGACAAAAUCAAUGAAUUCAAAUUGAAAAGAUCCAAGUAAAUCCUAAUGCGAUACAUGGUUGAGCAAACCCAUAAAAAAUCACGUCUGAGGAAAGUGCAUCAUAUGUCAUAAGCGAUCUCUCAUUACUUCUCUUGACGCAUUGUAAUUUAUCAUGUACAAUAUUGUUAAGCAUACAAAAUAGCUAUAAUAAUGGUAACGUCUUGCUUUGAUCGAGAAGCUAUGUAUACAAAAAAAUUAUUGCUACUACUUAAGUAUUAUCUAUAUAUAUAUACAGAGAAAUGUAACUUUACUGUUUGAAAAAUAAGACAUAAAGCUAUAUCGUUUAAAAACUUGGAAAUUUUGAUGAAAUUAUUGCAUAAGCCAAUUUCAAAUAAUUUCCAUAUUACAUUUCAUCUGUCCUUGUUUUACUGCUGAGGAUGCAAUAAAAUGAUAAAAUUCGAGUCUGGAAAACUUUUUACAAAAACAA